AUGGAUGUAUUUCUAACCAAAUUCACAUCCCUGGCCUACAUUUACAACAUAAUCUCGAUACCAGGAUGCCUACUAGAAGCUCUCUUCACUUUGCUGGUCUACUUCCACACCCCCAAAGACAUGGUGAUAUAUAAACAUACCAUGCUCAACACCUCAGUAUGGUCCUUGUUAAUCAUAGUACAUCUCACUUUGUUCUUUCGACCGGUCACUUUCCUACCUCUGCCCAUUUGUGCUGUAACCGGCUUGGCACAGUACUUUGGUCGAACGUUCGCGUCGUGUCAGCUCUUGGUGGGCUUGUUUCUGAUAGCCAACAAGAGUAUAUCACUGUUCUUGUGUGUGGCGUCGAACUAUGUCAGUCUGACAUUUCCACUUUACAUUCGAAUGAUGACAUACAGGAAGGGCAUCACGAUAUUCGUGGUGUUUCAUAGUAUCGUGUCGUUUCUGAUGUUGCUAUCGGCUUAUUUGUCGUAUGCUGAUAGGGAGGUAUUGAAUACGGUAAGGUUUUUUGGAGUUUUAAGAAUUGAUAUUAAGUCAGUUUUCCCAUUCCUGUGUCAUACUAAAGAAGUUUGACUGCAAAAUAAAUAACUUCGCCAGACACUAAAACAAUAUAUUUUCAGAGCGAGAUAGUGAACCGCUUACAAGAAAUGUACCCUCACAACUACGAUGACAUCCUCACCAUCACCAACAACUCUGUAGUGAUCGGAGUAAAGAAGAACUCUCUCGUCUCCUUCUCUUCCGGCUUCUUUCUCUUUCUCUCGUGUUUAUGUGUCAUUCUCUCCAUCACGAUGACAGCUCUCUCUGUCCAAACCAUCAACCGGUCGUUAUCUCGUCGUUCCUCGCAUUCCUUCACUUCAAUUAGACGUCGCCUCAGAUACAUGUUGAUAGAACGAUCAGUGUUACCUAUAGUAACAUACUCUCUGCCAAUUACUAUCGCUGUAGCUAUUGUGCACUUUAAUAUAUUGAGGUUCCAUGGAUGGAUACAAUGGUUGAUAUUACUGUCAAUAAACUCGCCAAUCAUUUGUAAUCUGGUGGUUAUUGGUACACUGGAGCCGUUUCGGAAAGUGAUCAAAAGUCUGUUCAAGUUAGAGAUCAAAGAGUUGUUUAAAGAAAAUUCAGGUGGGUUUAAAGUUGAAAACAACUAAAUUAUGUUAGGGUUGAGGAGGUGAUUUGAGUGAAGAAGGAAAAAUACCAUGGAAAUUUUUUUAGCGCAACCCGGGUUUUAGAACGACACCUAUACAAAAUGAGAGAACAUGAAAAUUUACCACUUUUUAUGCUCUUUCACCCUAUAUAAGUCUCAUUCUAAAGCUUGAAGGAUAUGUGGUGCAACUUUCUUUUAAGGCUCAUAUUUAUAUUUAUAUGCGUAAGGAAGAGAUAGGGAAAGAAAAAGAAGUCAAUAAUUUUUAAGUUUUUUUUUCAGAUUCAGAUAUCAAAAACACUGUCAGUAUAAUAUGGCCGAUUUCACCAUUACCAAAACGAAUGCGGAUUACUGUAGUCAAAUAG